AUGGGUCAUCUUCAGAAAGAUUGCCCACAAUUGAAGAAUGAGAAACCAAAGAAAUGCAAUAAUCUAGUUCCAGCUCGAGUAUUUACACUGACCCAAGCAGAAGCUGAGGCUAGUCCUUCUGUAGUCAUAGGUUCGAUUUCUAAUGAAGGCUCUAUGUAUUCAAUAUUGAUUGAUUCUGGUGCUACUCAUUCGUUUGUGUCAAGUAAAGUGAUAGACAAACUUAGUAGACCUUGUGAUGUGUAUACUAUGGGGUUUGAGACUUUGUUAUCUAUAGGGGAAUUAGUAAUUUCUAGGAGGUGGAUUAGAUCUUUACCAGUGGAGGUGGAUAGUGAAGAAUUAUCUGUGGAUCUAAUUGAUCUAGAAAUGGAGGACUUUGACAUAAUAUUGGACACGAAUUGGUUAGCCAAAUGUGAAAACAACUUCCAAGAGAUGAAACGACGGUUGAUCACUGCACCAGUAUUCAGUCUUCUUUCAAACAAGGAAAGGUUUGUGGUUUAUUAUGAUGCCUCGAGGCAGGGGUUAGGUUGUGUUCUGGUGCAGGCAGGGAAGGUGAUUUCCCAUGCCUUAAGACAGUUAAAAGAGUAUGGACAGCAGUAUCCUACUCAUGAUUUGGAAUUGGCAACAGUUGUUGGGAUUGAGGCAAGAGUUAAACAGUGA